UCAUUAUCGUAUUCGGGAAACGGAAGAUCGUCCGAAGACCACUAUGAAGACCGUUCUUGGUCGACAUCGUCGCAUCCGACUGAAAAGCCCUUUGUCCUAAUUGCAGAAGAAAAUUUAGGCCCGCGAUAUAAAUACGUCGUACAUGCAAUCAUGUAUAUGCAAUAGUGUUUGAAUCAUUUUGUACAGUAUCUACAAAUACUACGUGUUACAUUUGGUUAUUUCAGUUUUAUCAUAAUACUUUAAAUACUUUACUUGCAAUAUGUUCAAAGCAGUAUAUGAAAUGCACAAUCUUUUUACAAUUUAGCCAUCUCAUUGUCGUAAUCGAAAUUAUAGGUAUAUAUAUAUCCAAAAUUCCUAGUUUUUCAUCAUACACUUUGCAGAAAAAUAGAAAAUUAAAAUUUUUAAACUGUGCUUACCAAGUUUAGUAUUACAUAUAGAUUUUUGAGAAUAUUAUUCUAUAGAUUUAUCCUCCAACUGAUUACAUUUUAUCUGUCUGUCGUAAGAGAAAAACACUAUAUACAAAUCCAGAAGCGGUAUCGUCGUAUAAAGAAAAGAUUUAUGAUUGCAAAGUCUGAGUAGUUUCUAUCAAAUAUCCACAUGUAACUUUCUCUCCCUUUAUUAUCGAUUGAAUCGAAUAACGUCGCUUUGUUACUCUACAAUCACGAUUUAUAUCAAAGAAAUAUGUAUCGUUUUUAGCUCCGAUCAAAAUGGUACAGAACGUUUAGUUACAUUUACUUAGGAGUCAAGAAAUUGUAUCUACCGAGUGGUACUAAAGUAGUUGGCCGUGCUAUAUGUAAGAACGUAAUCUUAUAUCCAUUAUCUAUUUAUAUAAUAAGGUAAUUAGCAAGAGAGAUUACAUACAGAUACACCCAAUUAUUGUACGAAUAUAUCUGACACGUGUACGACGAUGGAUAAUUAAUAUAGUAAUACAAUCGAUCCGCUUUCCCUUUCGUUUAUCAUUAUCAUAAAUGAAUUAGAAUGUUUCGUAACGUUGCGACGCAAACCCCGUGCAUGUAAUAAUGCAAGACGGUGCCGUACAUGUAUGUGCAACAGCGAAGGCGACGGCGACGCGCGUAUUCUGUAACGUUCGUCUAGUGAGCGGCAUGGAAAGCGAGGUUGCGAGGUAGUUGCGCUUUGGUCAGUAAUCCGGGAAGCGUUUCCGUUCGGUCGAUCCCGCGGAGAAUCUCCGUCUCUCGGCUCCGUCACUGUUUCUCUCGCGUAAUCGGUAAUCGCGUGUAAGAAUGCAAAAAUGCGGAAAGUAGUGAGAUAAGAGAACGCGAAUCGGUGAUUAUCGAUCGCGUUUCUCGUAUCAAAAUGUAUCGAUGGAACGAAUAUGACAGGAUUAUUGUUCGUUAUACUUGUCGUAACUCACGCGGUCGCAGGAUCGCGGCUAUCCGCGCCCAAUGAGAAACAAGUAAGAAGACUGAUACGAGAUUGGGCACCUUUGGUAUGGCUCGCGCCUGGGGAACGAUUCUUGCCUCUCGGGGUAACCGAAUUCCUCGACAACGUACAAUCGGACCAGUAUUACCUUCGCACUAGAAUAGACGUAGAGUCCUUGUUAAAGAAUCGAUCGUCCUUCUUGUACGGUCGAAAGCCCGCUGGAACCGUGCCCGUCUAUGCUCUCGUGAAAAAGUGCGUUUCCAAAGACGCGCGGCUACGCUCAGCGAGAGAUACGGCGCAGCCGAUGCUGAACGUGAAGCUAAAGCUAAAACUAAAGGAGGUACGGAACGUUUUCGCGCCGCUACAGGAUCUAGGACGACCAAGACUUUUGGCUCAACGGCAGAUCGCGAGCACCACGAAUCUAAGAGCACAAGUGCGGCAGGUGGCAACGGUACCGCGACUCGAAAAGGUCAGAGAAGAGAAUGGAUGUCAAAAAGUGCACUUUCACGUGACCUAUUGGAUGUUCUAUCCGUUUAGCGAGGGAAAAACAAUCUGCGUAUUGGAUCUUGGAUUUUUUGGCAGCUGGCCGAUACCUACCGUUGGUGGGGUGUGCAUAGGUACGCUUAAAGAAUAUGGCAGUCAUAUCGGAGAUUGGGAACACAUGAGUCUUUAUUUCAAGGAUAACGAGUAUCCUCUGGCAAUGUACGUAUCGGCGCACGAUGCCGGGGCGUUUUAUCGAUAUGAUCCGCGAAAUGGUAAUUUCGUCUACGAGAGUCAAGAAACAAGAAAAGGUCUCUUCCAGAAGCCAAUAUUUCCUGAAAAAGUUUAUACGGCUGGUGGCUCGCACCCAAUAUUAUUUAGCGCACGCGGCUCUCACGGGCUCUGGACAGCUCCGGGGAAGCAUAAAUUUGUUCGAGUACCUCGUCUGUACGACGAAAGUGGAUUCGGAACCGCUUGGCCGACAUGGAAAAGAUUGGAGUUGCUUUUCGAAGAGGACAACGAGCCUUUACCAGGCUGGAUGACUUUUAAAGGCAAAUGGGGUAAUCCCAGCAGCAAUUGUCAUCCGUUAGCGAAACUAGGUUUUAACAUUUGCGAAUUUGUAGACGGCCCAACCGGAAUUCCUAUGAAGAAAUUCAAUUUUCGAUGUUAAGACCUACCAUCGUUAAAGUCGGGGGUGUUAGAAGUUAUAGGGUAAAAGAAGACUGAUUUUGAGACGCGUCUUUUCAAUUCAAAUCGGCAAA